UUGAUCUCGGGUAAGUAUUUAUACAAAGACAAAAUAAAGGAAACAAGAGGAAAUGGAGAAAUUAAUUUACAGUAACUGUUUGUGUGAAUAAAAAUUAAAUUUAAGCGCAGAAAUUCACAGCUGAUUUAUGAAAAAUUUCAUAUUUAUUGAAAACAAAGUUAACUUCAAAUCUUUUAACAACUAUGUACAUAUACAAGUAACACUUUCAUUUUUAACACGGUCCGUGCCACGUGUGCCAUUUGUCGUUCACACGCAAUUUUUGUAAGGAACCAUUUUUUGUUAGACAUCUGGCAAGGGAUAGCGGUACACGUUACGAAGCGGCGAAAACAUAAAUAAACAGUAUCAAAAUAUAUAUAAGUCAGCAAAAACUUGAUUGUAACUUAAUAUUUCAUUUAAAAAAUCAGUGCACUUCAUAAGCAAGAUAUAACCAAAAUUUCCGAUGGCUCGGAAUGUGUUAAUAUAUAAAAUACGUAAUCAGAAUUUAAUUUUUAAUCACAUGAUAUGGAAUAACAUCAACUCGCUAACUACAUAUUCCUCGUAAGUCUCUGCCAAACUGUUUAUUAAUUUGUUACAAAUAGUUGCAACAUACAAUUCUCAGCAAAGUUAAACAAACAAAUGAUUUACGUAAAAUCUUCAGUUGCAUCGCUGCUAGAUAAAUUUCUUGGCUGUGAACGGACGAAUGACGCUGCCGGGGAAUACCCAAUCGCGAAAGUUGAUUACCUUCUGCGUAUUAAUCCGUAGAGGCUUUGGACAGCUGCUCGUUCCGUUUCAUGGAGGCGUGUAUUGUCUCAAGAGCCCAAGGAAAUCCAUUAUCAAAUGGCUACGCAAUAGAAUUAGAUAAUACUGAAGUCAACAGACAUGCAAGGACAUUUCAUACAACUUUAAAGGAUGCUCCACGGUUCCCCCAAUUUUGGUCCUUAUUGUAUCCAUCAUUUUCAAUGACUAAUUUGCCUGAAGACAACGACGAUGAUAUGAUCGUGUUAAAACAAAGUAUAAUAACACUGGAGAAGAACCAAGAAGAAAUACUCAAAUUGCUGAAACAACUUACAGAAGCAACUAAAACGACAUCCUGCGUUUCUCCAUCUGUCCCAAUAUCUAAUAACGACAACAUUCAAAAAGAAUCUGAGAACGUAGACGAAGAUAUUAUAUUUACAACGAUUACAAAUAAGAAGGAUAUAGAAACGCUGCAGGGGGAUAAAGAAGAAGUACUGGCAGUAAAACCUUUGGAAAAUACUUCCAUUGAGAGCGUCAAUAUUGCUGAAAAUGAAAAUGAUUACCAAGACACUUAAGAAGUGUAUUUAGUGGUUCUGUAACAGACACUGUACAAAUGUACUGUGUACACAAAUGCAAAAUAAACGAAUAUUAUGCUCAUCGAUAUAUGUCAAUAAAUUCAUUUUUGUAAUAGACUUAUUUAAAGUUUGUAAAGACAUAUUUCUGUUGCGACUGUUUUGAAAAGUGUGUAACUUAUUAUAGUAUGCGUUUA